AUGGUGACCACGGCCUCCCAGACGGCAUUUGUGGCCGAGAUGACGCAUCGGUACUGUGCCCUAAUCGAGGAGCAGGACACCGGCAAGCUACAAGAUCAGAUUGCCAAGUUGAAGAAAAAAUUGGUGGUGUCCGAGUCCGAGAAGUCUGAGCUUCAGCGACGCCUUCAAGAAGCCGAGACGAAAGGGGAGGAGGCCGAGGCUACCAUCAACAGUUUCAAGUCGGCUUUGGAGGAAGAGCAGAAGAAGGCGGAGGAGGUGAAGAAGACCCACGAACAGGCUCUCGAGAGCGCAAGGACCUCGGCAGUUGAGGAUUUCCGGAGGUCCGAGACCUUCAUCGGGGAUCUCGGCCAGCUGACGAGGCCGAGCUUCAUGCUCGGCUUCACGUCGGCUAUCGACGAGGCCGCAGUUCACCUCUCCUCCGAAACCUUGGAGUCUUUAAGAAACAACGCCAACUAUAAUGAAGACUCCAAGGAAUUGUGCGAUCGGAUGGCCGACGGGAUCCAAGUUGGAAGGAACUUGGCUGAGGUCCAGGACGAGUUCAACAAGUGGCUAUCCGAGCUCGACGAAGUGUUCGAGGAGGACGGAGGAGAGGACGCUGGGGGCGACGUCGGCGAGAAGGCCGAUGAAGGGCACGAAGGAGGCGGAGAAGGUGAGCCUCAUCCCGGCGGGGAAGAAACCGGGGAGGCAAUUGGCCAGGAGGGAGCCGAGACAGGGGUCUAG